UCUUAAGGCGUCGCCUAGGCGACGACUAGGCGUCAAGGCGCCCUCGGGGUGGUAGACGUCCCCCUCGCCUUGCCAGGAGGCGUAAGGCGUCCGCCUCAGGAGCAAGGCGUCCGCCUAGGCGUCCAAAGGCGUCCUCUGGACGCCAUGGAGGAUGCGGCGGCCGCCAUCCUUGGUACGCGCGGGAAAUCGAGCGGGCAUGGCGGGCAGCGCGGGAAGCCGAGCGGGAAACAGAGGGAGGGCAGGGAUAGGGCACGAUAUUGAGCGGCAAAAGUCGUCUGAGCGGCAAAUGAAGAAGAGAGGGAAGGAAGAGAGGGAAACAGAGAAGCGGGAGAUCUCACCUGGCGGGGCAGAUCUCGGCGAGGCGGCGACGGCGACCCCGCAGCCUCGCGCAUCUCCCCGUCCGCGAGGAACCGCGCGGCCCUGCGCAUCUCUGCCGGUCCGCGAGGACCCGCGCGGCCCUGGGCAUCUCCGCCGCCCGCGCGGCACCGCCUCCUCUUCGCCACCGCGCGGCGCCGCCUCUGCUGGUCCACAGCCCCGUGCGGCCCCGCCUCCGUGCGCCUCCUCUGCUGGUCCUCCGCGGCCUUGUGCGACCCCUGCAAGACCGCAAUGGCCAGCCAACAGGGAAACAAUACAGCAGCGAGUCCAGCUUCAGUGGCAGCCGAGUACGAUCCUAAGACUGAUCCAAAGAGAAGACCAGCAAACUCAAAAGAUCCAGGAUGGGAGUUUGGCUACUGGGAAGACCCUAAGGAUCGAGAUAAGGUGGCAUGCAAGUUGUGUAACAAGAAGAUUCCAGGAGGAAUUAAAAGGUUUAAGCAACAUCUUGCUGGUGGUUAUGGAGAUGUUGUUAUAUGUCCACAGACCAACACUGAAUUAAGGAAAAAGAUGAAAGCAUACUUGGAUGGCAACAAGAGGAGGAGACCAGUGUACUUGGAUGAUGAAGAGAAUGCUGAGAAUAGUGGAGAGGAAGAUGAAGAUGUGGUGGAGGUGGUACAAGAAGAGGCUUCAGGGGUUGCCACUGCAAAUUCCCAGGUCACCAAGGUGCCAAGUUCAGGAACUGCAGCUAAAAGAAGGCAAUCAACCCUUCAAUUCAAGCCUGCAACAGCAAGCAAAGGCAAGACAAAGCCAAAUGAGAAUAAGAAGUCAGUUGCUGCUAUGUUUAGAAGAUCUCCUGAAGAGAUUGUUGAUGAAAGGCAUUCAGGGAGGUUCCAAAAGACCAUCCAAAACAGCAUGAGGACUAAGGAGGAGAAGCAUUAUGUGGAUCUGCAAUGGGCUAUGUUUUUCUAUGAGGUGGGCAUAGCAAUCCAUGCAGCUGCUGCAAGACAGUUUGAGGUUGCACUUGAGGCCACAGCACAAUAUGGUUCUGGAUAUGUGCCUCCUUCUGAACACAUGCUCAGAGAGCCAUUGCUUUGGGAGUGUGUCAAGCUGACAAGUAACAUGAGGAUUGACCAUGAACGAGCAUGGAAGCAUUAUGGCUGCACACUUAUGUCAGAUGGUUGGACCGACAAGAGAGGGCAGUCACUUGAUCAACUUUCUUGUGAAUAGCCCAGAGGGGACUUAUUUUUUGGAGUCAAUUGAUGCAUCUGGUGAAGUACAUGAUGCCUAUUUGCUAGCUGAUCUAUUGGAGGAGAGAAUUGAGCAGAUUGGAAAAGACAAGGUGGUUCAAGUUGUCACUGAUAAUGGUGCUAACUACAAGGCAGCAGGCAAGCUUCUAAUGGAUAGGAUUCCUACACUGUUUUGGAGUCCUUGUGCUACACAUUGCCUGGAUCUUAUGUUGGAGGACAUAUGGAAUUUGAAGGAAUUUAAGAAGACUAUUACACGUGCUAGGGGGGUCGCCAAUUUCAUUUAUAGGCAUGGGAGAAUUCUUAGUGCAAUGAGGGAGAAGACAAAUGGUAAAGAAAUUGUGAGACCUGGUGCCACUCGAUUUGCCACUGCAUAUCUCUCUUUGAAGAGCUUGUAUACGCUCAAGGAUCCAUUGAAGGCCUUAUUUGUUUGUGACAUAUGGACUACCAGCAAGUUAGCAAAAACUAAUGCUGGGAAAAAAACACAUGACACUAUGCUCUCUACUGAAUUCUGGAACUCAGUUGAAGAUUGCCUUAGAGCUUCAGCCCCACUGCUUAUUGUGCUAAGGGCUGCUGAUGGUGAUGAGAAGCCGGCAAUGCCGGAGGUUGCUGCACUAAUGGCUGAAGCAAAGGAAAAGAUAAAGCUAAGCUUUGCCACUCAAAACAAGUCAGGGCUGCUCAAAAAAAUCAUGGGAAUUAUUGAGAAACGUUGGUUGAACCAAAUGGAUCAUCCAUUGUAUGGGGCUGCGCUGUAUUUGAAUCCAGGAAAAUUGUUUCCCCUCAUAAAAGCUGAUGAUGAUGAAACUGUUGGGCAGCUAAGGGCUUGCUUCCUUAAAGUGCUUCGAAGAAUGGUACCGGAGAGGGAAAUUCGGAACAAGAUCAAUGAUCAAGCCAUGGACUAUGAGUGUCAAAGAGGAGAUGCAUUUUCAGAUGAAAUGGCUAUAGAAAACAUUGAAUCAAAGAGCCCUCUUGAUUGGUGGCGUUCCUAUGGUGGCUUGGCCAUUGACUUGCAAAGGUUUGCUAGGCGUGUUGUUGGUCUAUGUGCUUCCUCAGCUGGCUGCGAGCGAAAUUGGAGUACCUUUGAACAAAUCCAUACAAAGAAAAGGAACCGGCUGCUACAUAAGAGAUUGAAUGCCAUUGUCUUCAUUUCAUACAACCGCAAGAUGAAAACUAGAUUUCAAAUGUUGCGUCAGAAGAAGAAAAACAUUGAUCCUUUGGUCAUUUCACAUUUUGAUUGGGACAAUGAAUGGGCUGAUUCGUUGCAUGUACCUCCUCAAGGUCAUCGUGGCUGCGAGUUAGAUGAUGGUCUCACAUGGAAUCUUGUUGAUGAAGUUGUUGGAGCAUCAGAAGCACUUCGUGGUCGCAAUCUUCCUAGGACAGCUCAUAGAUACAACCAUGGUGAGCCAAUCACUUACAGGAAACGUGCAAGAAGUUCUGCUACAAUUGUUGAAGAUGAUGAAGAUGAACACAUGGGUUCAGAGAAUGAAGAAGAGGAAGAGCUUCAAGAUCCAUAUGAUGAUGUAGAUGUCACCGAUGAUGAGAAUUCUCCCUCCAAUGAUGCUGAAGAAAACAGAGAUGCUGCUAACUCCAAUGAAUUUGAUGAUGGAUAUUGAGAGCUGAGAGAUGGGAGUUGAGAGAUUUAGACUAAUGCAUGCUGCUUUUGCCUUGUACCCUACUUAUUAUCUUUUAUUCUGUAAUGUGGUCCAAAACUGUGGACGGGGACAUAUUAAUCAUGCCCACUAGAUUCUAAGCUUGUGGACUGAA